AUGUCGCCGGUCCCCGCAGCUGUUAGCUCGGAGAUCCAAGCGGGCGGCGGCGCCCGCGCGACCCGAGCCUCAGAAUGGAACCUUGCCCAUGCCCGGCUUGCUGCAACGGAAGAGGUCAUGUCGGUGAAAUCCAUCCGCGAGCAGGACGGAAAGGCCUUCUGCGAGACAGGGACAAAUACUGCGCUGCUGAAGCGGUGGCUUCCAGAGUACUCCAACAAUGCCUUUGGACUCGACAAUGCUGGAUGUCUGGUCUCUCCCGGCGUGCUCGACAGCUCCAAGGGCGAGGAUUGGAACACGAUCCUGGAGAAGAACCCUUGGCUAAAGACAGAGAAGCUCGUGGCCAAGCCGGACCAAAUGAUCGGAGGCCGAGGAAAAGCCGGCCUCAUCGCGGUGAACAAGACCUUCGAUGAGAUCAAGGCUUGGAUCAUGGAGCGGAUGUGCAAGGAGACAACCGUGGGUGGCAUCACAGGGCAGCUCACGCACUUCCUGAUCGAGCCUUUCGUGCCACAUGCGCAGUCCGAGGAGGUCUACGUCUGCAUGCAGUCGCACAGGUAUAAGGACGAGAUAUUCUUCUACCAUGAGGGUGGCGUGGACGUCGGCGAUGUCGAUGCAAAGGCCUCCCGGCUCUCCAUCCCCACGGGUUGCGAGGUUUCCGAGGACAUGAUUCGCUCUGAGCUCCUGGACAAGGUGGAGCCGGGCAAGAGCGCAACCCUCGCACGUUUUGUCAAGGCACUUUUUGCCUUCUACCGCGACCUGCACUUCGCGUACCUCGAGAUCAAUCCGAUUGCCCUGCUCUCGAACAACAAGAUAGUGCCCCUGGACCUCGUCGCAAAGAUCGACGAGACUGCUGCGUUCUUGUGCACCCAGAAGUGGGGCGAAUUGGAUUGGCCGUCUCCUUUUGGUCGAGCUGCCUAUCCCGAAGAGGCCCUCAUUCGAGAGCUGGACGGGAAGACCGGUGCUUCCCUGAAGCUGACCAUCCUCAACGACAAGGGCCGUGUCUGGACCAUGGUAGCUGGUGGUGGCGCAUCGGUUGUGUACUCGGACACCGUAGCGGACUACGGCUGGGGAAAGGAGCUGGCCAAUUAUGGCGAAUAUUCUGGAGCUCCCACUACAGAGGAGACCUUCACGUAUGCCAAGACAAUCCUCUCCUUGAUGUGCCGCUACAAGCACCCAGAGGGCAAGUUCCUAAUCAUCGGAGGAGGUAUCGCAAACUUCACUGACGUCGCGGCCACGUUCACAGGCUUGAUCAAGGCUCUUCAGAUGUUUGCGGAUCAGAUCAAGGAGCACAAGAUCCACAUCUGGUGUCGCAGAGCCGGCCCGAACUAUCUGGAGGUGCUCUCAACGCUCCAUGAUGCUUACCGGCAUGUCACUGGUGGCUAUGACUCCGAAAGUAACGAGACGUCCGAGAGCAACGAGGACGGAACCACCUGCACAGAGCGCUGUGUGCAGACCAAGGAGUGGGGCUUCAUUCGGCAGAAGUUCCGCUACUUUCAGAUUCCGCUGCUGAUUGCGCUACUGUUCGAACUUUUUUGGGUUCUGUGUGUUAAGAGGUGGAUCGAUCUCACUUGGCCUGAAAUCCGCAACAAUUGGAAUUUCCAGCAUCACACUGGUUCCUGGCUACUCCUGCCAGGUCGCCUAGUUACGGUGGUCUUCGUGGUUUUCAUUAUCGGGCGUGUUCUCACCGUUCUCGCCUGGAAAUACACACUUUUUCGCGGCAGAGACAGCCACUACAGCGCAAUCUUCAUGUUUUUCAACUGUAUGCAAUGGGUGUUAUAUCUUGGACUGUACUUCUGGCUCAUGGAUAACCUGAAGGUCAAGUAUUCGCAGAGGACGGUGUUUAGCGAAGUGAAGUUCCUUUCGUACGACGCAUCACCACCCGAGCAUCGGUAUCCAUGCAUGGACGAUCCGUUCUGGAGCAGCGGGGACGGGCUUUCCUGUGACGACUUCUCUGUGAACGCUUCCGGAGGGAAAAGGCGCUGCGUGCCCGGCAAUGAAGAGAUCGUGAACUGCCCGGUUGCCUGCAAUGCCUCAUGCCGGAGUCCGGGCCUGCAACGUCUGCGCCUGUGUGUGCAGCGACCUGAGACCUCCAUCUAUGACUGUAUGAAGGAAGGCUCUCAUGUUCAGCAAUGGGAGGCUUGCACCAAGCCGUACGACCCAAAUGACUGCUUUGGCUAUGUGUUUCUCCCCAAUGAGGACCUCACAUCUCAGGUCAAGUGCUGCGUUAAGAUGACAUUUCGCGCAGAGCUUCCAGCACAGACGCUCUUCACCCUUGGCAUGAAAGAAUAUUCCCUUGGCAUUUCCGAUGUCGAAAAUAUCUGCAAGUGGGUUGCCAUCCUUGUGAUGACCUGGAACUUUCAAGAGACACCUUUCCUCGCGCCGAGCGCUGCAUCGAAGGAGUUCACGAACCGCGUUUGGCUGGAUAUCCUCGACUGCUUCAUGUUCAUCUCGCUUUACAGCAAGCCCGCCAUCCAGUCAGCGGCAGAUGGCCUUGCACCAGACGGCAGACCAUUGCCGGGCGGCAAAAACACAUUCCUUGAAGGCCUUUUCAUUUUGACGUGGCAGGUUGCUGUCAAUUGCGCCGUGCUUGCGCCUAUGAUCUACACCUGGCAUAGAUCCCAUGAGAAGCGAACACUCCAAGAGAGGAAGAUUGCACAAGAAGGUGCUGCCGGACUGCUGCAAGGGUUGGAGGAACGGGUCCGCCUGCUAGAUAGAGACGGAGCUGAUCGCAUCAUGCAGCUGGGCUUCACUAAAGUUCAGGAGGACAUCAUCAAACAGAAGCAGGUUCCAAUCCGGGUCGAGGUUUCUCCCCAACAUGGCCAUGCGAGAAAGACAGGCUAUGCCACUCGCGAACAGAAUUCUGCAACUUACCUUGUGACGUAUGACGACUCGACCACAGAAGCUGGAGUCACUGUGGAAAGACUGGAGCCUACUGAAGAGCAACCUCAUGUGGAGACGGCGCAGAGGUGCGAAGGAUGGCUCCAGACGUCCUACCUUGCCGCGACGAAUGAGGACGACAUGCCCGUCGCCAUACAGCGUCGAGCGGUGCUGAUCGAUUCCUGCCGCUCGUUCCUGACGCUUGAGCUCCCUUUCUUUUUGUGGCGCAUGUGGCUGAACUGGGGCGAGUGGGGCAGUGUGGAUCCCCACCUCCUGGCGAUCAAGAACCUACUCUUUGCUGUGUCCGACUUUCUCACGAUCUUGGCUUGUGGCAACGAGGAAGCCACGAUUGCGGGCUGUGCCCCCGCAGCCAUGAUUUCCAGAUGCCUGAAUGGCACUGUCACCGGGGCCAUCCAUUCGACAGGUCCAGGGGCCAUGAUAGGCUCGGCGUCCAGAAUCGCCUUGAGCCGCCUUUCGGCAGAGGAGGGGAAGCUGGAGGUGAAGUUGGCCUUCCUGCGACAGGAACGUUACCUGGCAUUGAUGCUGGACGGCGAGCACAUCGCCGAGAUCUAUGACAAGGCCAUCGCCGAGGUCGACAAAGAAAUCGCAGAUCAACAGGAGAUGCUGAAGAAAAGAAGUGCCGCUCUUGAGAUUCCAUUUGUCUAUGGCCCCGAGACGCACAUCACGGCGGUGGUUCCAAUGGCCCUGGGCCUCACCGAUGUGCUGCCCGAGCCGGACCUCAGCGCAGGGUCCGCACCCCCGCCCAAGCGAGAGAUGAUCCAGGUCAAGGCGACGAACGGGACAAAGAAGGCGCAGAAGGCUGCUCCCCAAGGUGAGAGGCAUACCAUCGUCACAGCCACUCCGGCAACCAGGGCCAUCGUGUACGGCAUGCAGAACCGAGCAGUGCAGGGCAUGCUCGACUUCGACUUCAUGUGCAAGAGGAAGACGCCCUCCGUUUGUGCCAUGGUAUUUCCAUUUAGCGGCAACCACUACGUGAAGUUUUACUGGGGCACGGAGGAGAUCCUUCUCCCAGUCUACACCACCACCAAGGAGGCUUGCCAAAAGCACACAGAUGCGAUCACGUUCAUCAACUUCGCAUCCUUCCGCUCGGUCUAUGAGACUACCAUGGAAGCCAUGCAGUAUCCGCAGAUGAAGACGGUCGCCAUCAUUGCAGAGGGCGUUCCAGAGCAGCAGACACGGCUGUUGAUCAAGGAAGCCGAGAUUCGCGAGAUCGGCAUGAUCGGACCGGCCACGGUAGGUGGAAUCAAGCCCGGCUGUAUCCGCAUCGGCAACACAGGUGGAAUGUUGGACAACAUCGUGAUGUCCCGGCUCUACCGUCCCGGGUCCGUCGCCUACGUGUCAAAGUCCGGGGGAAUGUCGAACGAGUUGAACAACAUCAUUUGCCGCAACUCCAACGGCGUGUACGAGGGUGUGGCGAUUGGUGGAGACAGGUAUCCUGGCAGCCGCUUCAUCGAUCACCUCCUGCGCUACCAGGAUGCACCUGGAGCAAAGAUCCUCCUGCUCCUGGGCGAGGUCGGUGGCCAGGAUGAGUACGACGUGAUCAAGGCCGUGAAGUCUGGGCGCAUUGACAAGCCAGUCAUCGCCUGGUGUGUCGGCACCUGUGCUUCGUGCUUUGCGACGGAGGUGCAGUUCGGCCAUGCUGGCGCCCAGGCCAGGGGUCAGACGGAAACAGCGAUGGCCAAAAAUGCAGCGAUGAAGGAAGCCGGGAUCAUUGUGCCAGACUCUUUCGACAAGCUGCCUGAGACGAUCAGCAAUUUGUACACGAAGAUGGUCGAGGAGGGUGAGAUUGUGGAGGAGCCAGAAGGCGAGACGCCCCAGGUGCCCGUGGACUACACCUGGGCCAAGAAGCUCGGGCUUGUCAGGAAGCCCGCAAACUUCAUCAGUUCAAUCUCCGAUGAUCGCGGCGAGGAGCUGAAGUAUUGCGGGGUUAGCAUCUCUGACGUCUUCUCGCGCAGCAUGGGUGUGGGUGGCGUGUUGUCGCUCCUCUGGUUCAGAAGGCAGCUGCCUGCGGAAUGCUGCAAGUUCAUCGUGUCCUGGCUAUUAAUCCGUUAG